GGAGCAGUAAGCUGUAACACCUCUGUGGCCUUAUAUUUAUCAGCAAUUUUAGUUGCCAACCCUUAUCCUUGUCUGGUCAUGUUGGUUUUGAUAGUUUACCAGAUCAAUUGGUUAAUAAAUCUAUCCAUCAGGGAUUCAGCUUCAAUAUUCUCUGUAUUGCCAAAUGUAAGACUUAAAGCAGAAGCAUAUGAACUUCAGGAAAGCAACGUUCGGUUGAAACUGACUAUAGUAGAGACUGUUGGAUUUGGUGAUCAGAUAAACAAAGAUGAUAGCUAUCAGCCAAUCGUGGAUUACAUAGAUGCACAGUUUGAAGCCUACCUCCAGGAAGAGCUGAAAAUUAAACGCUCCUUAUAUAAUUACGAUGACACUCGCAUCCAUGUGUGCCUGUACUUUAUUUCACCCACAGGGCAUUCCCUUAAAACACUUGAUUUAUUAACCAUGAAAAAUCUUGAUCGCAAGGUGAACAUUAUUCCCCUUAUAGCCAAAGCAGAUACUAUUUCUAAAACUGAACUACAGCAAUUUAAGGUCAAUAUAAUGAAUGAACUGGUCAAUAACAGACUCCAGAUAUACCAGUUUCCAACAGAUGAUGAGAGCAUUGCUAAGAUUAAUGCUAACAUGAAUGGACACUUGCCAUUUGCUGUAGUGGGGAGUAUGGAAGAGGUAAAAGUUGGAGACAAAACAGUAAAAGCUCGCCAGUAUCCUUGGGGCAUUGUGGAAGUGGACAAUGAGAACCAUUGUGAUUUUGUGAAGCUCCGGGAAAUGCUGAUUUGUACAAAUAUGGAAGACUUGAGAGAACAGACUCGUAUGUGUCACUACGAACUGUACCGACGGUGCAAAUUGGAAGAGAUGGGCUUCCGAGAUACUGAUCCAGAAAACAAACCUGGCAGUCUACAGGAGACUUAUGAAGCUAAGCGGCUUGAAUUUCUUAAUGAAUUACAGCGGAAAGAAGAAGAAAUGAGGCAAAGGUUUGUUCAGAGGGUCAAAGAGAAAGAAGCACAGCUGAAAGAAGCUGAGCGAGAACUACAACUGGAGUUUGAACAGUUAAAACGGCUUGAUCAAGAAGAGAGAAUGAAACUGGAAGAGAAAAGAAAACUUCUGGAAGAUGAAAUUAUUGCAUUCAAUAAAAGAAAGGCUGCUUCAGAUGUACUCCAAGAGAGGCCACUGCCCCCUACGCCCACUGUUGGUUUUAAAAAAGAUAAGGAUCGGAAAAAGGAACAAGGUUUUCGCCUUGAGCUCCUGUGCUUUGAUGUCAGAGAUCAGGAAGUUGUGAAUAUACAGGAAGAGAGAGAGAGAGAGAGAUUAGAAAGGGAAAGAAUCCUUCGCAGGGAACACCACGAAUAGUGUUUAGAAGUGGUUUACAAAUGUUCUAUGCUUGCGCUCUGCCUUUAUGUGAAAUUGAAGAUACAAGAAGAAAUGGUUCACAGUUGUCUAGGAGGAAGCUUGGACCCCGCCCCGCCUUUUUAAUGCAAACUAACUCAAAAACUGACCACUGUUUAAAAAGUAUAUUAAAAUGCAUAAUGUAUACUGUACUGUAGGUGGUUGUUGCUGCAUUAAAAUACAUAUAUAAUGACAUAUCUUUUAAACACCUAUUGGUAUGUUCUUAAAAACUACGUACCCAUGGCCGAGUUAUACUCACUUCGAGUGCUGUACCAAAGAAAAUUGUCCCAUCGAACAAUUUUCAUUCAUGUUAUGAAUACUCCAGUGUAGAAAUUAAUAUAUAUUGUAAUUGUUUUAAAUAAUUGUUGCCUCUUUAAUGUGUCAACUAUACACCAUUUAAUGUUCCCUUUGAAGCAUAUAUU